GCUAGAACCCAGGGUAAGGGCGGGGCCUUGACUCUAGAGGCGGGACGGUACUGAGCGGUAGGGGUGGGGCCAGGCCCCAGGAGGCGGGGCCAGCUCCAGGGGGGCGGGCCGAUGCCCCCGGGAAGGUGUGGCGAGAGUGGAAUCCAGGCGGGGAGAGGAGGAGCCAGAGCCCAGGAGGCGGGGCGCCCCGGAGGAGGAGCCAGGACAGGGAGGCGGGGUGGGACACACCCAUAACCCUGGAAGCAGAUCUGCGGCGAAAGUCUGAGCCCAGAAAGCGGUUUGGGGCGGAGCUGGAGUCAAAGAGGUGAGAAGAACUCCAUAUGAAACUGUGCUGCCAGUGUGCUCGGUAACAGUGGGACCAUUCUUGCUGGGAGGCUGACUUCUGCUGUGCAUCAACCCAGCUGGCGUGUGACUAUACGUCUGGUUGUGGAGGGGCUGGGGGGCCUAGCAAGAGGCUUUGAACCAAACCACAGUUGCUGGAUUCUGCUCCCUCUGUCCUAAACAACCAGGGCUCUCAGUGGAGCCAACCCUGGCCAGCUUACCUUGGUAAACACGAUACUGCUGUGCGAAUGUAUGUGAUGAUGACGAAUUGACAGCGCCUUGGAAAAAGGCAAAGCGGAAGAGGCCGGCCGGAAGCGGAAGUGCGGCGCUGAGUUAGCGGUGUCUCAGUUGCCAUGGAGACUGGAAGGGGCGACAGGCAGCCGGCGGACUCUGGGUCCUACGCGUUCGCCGGGGCAACGUGGACCCCAGCCCCGCUUCUGGCCCGGACUCGCAGCCCCAGCCAGUCCACCCGGCUGUCCUCCCUCGCCUACUCCGAGUCCUUCCACUACGGCUUCGGGGGCCGGCCCCGCCGCGUCUCGCCGCUCGCGCUCCCGCCGCUCCCCGAGCCUCACCUGCUGCGUCUGCGCCCCACCUCGCUGCGCACCCAGGACAUCUCGUACUUGCUCACCGGCAUCUUUCGCAAUUUGUACACCGCUGAGGUAAUCGGCGAGGAGGUGAGCGCGAGUUUGAUCAAGGCCCGCGGCAGCGAGGAUGCGCGGCACGAGGAGUUCGUGGAGCAGCUGCAGCAGAUUCGGGAGCUCUAUAAGCAGCGGCUGGAUGAGGUUGAAAUGUUGGAGAGACACAUCAUUCAGGCCCGCGCACGGGCCCUUGCAGAGAAAGAGCGGGCCAUGCACCAGGCCAAAGUACAUGUCCUUGAGCACUUCAUCAAGAUGCCUCCAGUGAAGACUAUCUUCAGAUGGUGUGUGGACAAUGAACUGCUACAGAAACAUCACUUGAUCUGCCCAGACGAUUACUACAGCGAUACAGUGCCAUUUUGCUCUGCACCUAAAGGCAACUUUGUCCCUGGAUACUCAAAACUGACAUUUAGUUGUGAACAACGUUUCGCCCCAAAGAAAGAGCUGACCAAGAAGCUGGCAUGCCGGAAGACGCGCUCUCAGUCCGAAGACGAGCUGGACUUCACUAUGGACAGCCUGACGUGGGCCUCAUCUUUCAAGGCCAAACUCAGGUCCAGAGAAACUGUCAAGAAAACAGGUUCACAAAAGAAUAAAAGAUGGAUGAACCAUUUACGGGUGCCACAGAGGCAGCAGGAGCGGCUUCUACUCGCCAGGAUGGAGAGUCGGAACCGCUUCCUGAAAAACCCUCGCUUUUUCCCCCCUAAUACUCCGUAUGGGGGCAAGUCUCUUCUCUUUCCUCCGAAGAAGCCGGCACCAACAGGACAGUCCCAGAAUGGAGAGCUGGAACAGAGUUGUGCUGACACUCCAGUGUUUCUAGCCAAGCCAUCAAUUGGAUUUUUCACAGAUUAUGAAAUCGGACCAGUUUAUGAGAUGGUGAUCUCGCUGCAAAACACCACGUCGACCAGCCGCCACGUGCGAGUCAUCCCGCCAUCUACACCGUACUUUGCACUGGGAUUGGGAAUGUUCCCUGGAAAAGGUGGAAUGGUGGCUCCCGGGAUGAGCUGCCAGUAUACUGUCCAGUUUUUUCCUGACUGUCUUGGGGAUUUCGAUGAUUUUAUUUUAGUGGAGACCCAAUCAGCCCACACGCUUCUGAUCCCCCUGCAGGCCCGGAGGCCACCCCCAGUGCUGACAUUGUCGCCGGUGCUGGACUGUGGUUACUGCCUCAUUGGGGGAAUGAAGAUAACCAGAUUCGUCUGCAAAAACGUGGGCUUCAGUGUGGGCAAGUUCUGCAUAAUGCCGAAAAAGAGCUGGCCGCCGCCGAGCUUCAGAGCUGCUGCAACUGUUGGCUUUGUCGAGCAGCCUCCCUUUGGAAUCCUCCCGUCGGUGUUUAAGCUGGCCCCUGGCCAGGCCGUGUUCAUGGAGGUCUUGUUCCUCCCCACCAGCCCAGGAAAGGCAGAGCAGACCUUCAUCAUCGUGUGUGACAACUGCCAGAUAAAGGAGGUGGUGACCACAGGAGUUGGGCAGCUGGUUGCUUUGGAUCUGAUCUAUAUUUCUGGUGAUAAAAGCCAGCCGGAGCCGGGAGAGCUCACAGACUUAACAGCCCAGCACUUCAUACGCUUUGAGCCUGAAAACCUCCAGUCCACGGCCAGCAAACUCCUGAUUAUUAAAAAUGCCACGCACGUGGAGCUGGCCUUCCACUGGCAGAUCAUGAAGCCCAACCUGCAGUCCCUCAUGCCUGGAGAAGCGUACAGCAUGGACAGCAUCCAGUACCACCCUGACCGCGAGACGGCCUUCUCCAUCACGCCCGAGAGGGGUGUGCUCAGUCCCCACGCGGACCACAAGUUCAUCCUGAGCUUUUCUCCUCGUGAGCUGAGGAAUUUUCACAGUGUGCUCCAGAUGGUGCUAGAGGAAGUCCCAGAGCCCAUGAGCUUGGAUUUGGAAAACCUGAAGGACCCCUCAUACUCUGUGGAUGAUGUGAUCGUCCUGGAAGUCGAGGUGAAAGGCUCAGUAGAACCUUUCCAGGUUCUCUUAGAACCAUAUGCCCUCAUCAUCCCCGGGGAGAACUACAUUGGCAUAAACGUGAAGAAAGAUUUUAAGAUGUGGAACAACAGCAAGUCGGCCAUCAGAUACACAUGGGGCAAGAUCAGUGACUGCCACAUCAUUGAAGUGGAGCCCUGCACAGGGACCAUUGAGCCCAGCGAGGUCGAGGAUUUUGAGUUGAGCUUCACUGGGGGUGUCCCCGGCCCGACCAGCCAGAACCUACUGUGUGAAAUCAAAGACUCCCCGUCCCCAGUGGUGUUGCACAUCGAGGCAGCCUUUAAGGGGCCUGCCCUCGUCAUCGACGUCUCAGCCCUGCAGUUCGGUUUGCUGCGGCUGGGCCAAAAGGCCACCAGCUCCAUCCAGAUUCAGAACGUCAGCCAGCUCCCGGCGACGUGGUACCUGCAGGAGAGCCGCGUCUGCCUGGGAGAACGGCAGGCGGAUGCGUCUCCCUUCGACAUCGAGCCCUCGAGUGGCCUGGUUCCGUCGCUGGGGAAGUGCAGAGUGAACAUCACCUUGGAGGCCCUUCACUGCCAGCGUCUGCAGUCUGUCCUGGAGCUGGAAGUGGUCAACGGAGCCUGGAGCUACCUUCCUGUGUAUGCCGAGGUGCAGGAGCCCUACGUGUACCUGCAGAGCAGCCGGGUGGCUGUCACAGACCUCUACCUGGGCGUGCCCGCUAAGGCGACUGUCACUCUCAUCAACGGCACGCUCCUGCCCACUCGGUUCCACUGGGGCAAGCUGCUGGGGCUCCAAGCAAGCUCCUGCACGGCAAAAGUCUCCCCAAGACGUGGCACCCUGGGCCCCAGUGAGGAGCGCCAGCUCAGCCUGGAGUUGACCGCUCAUACCCAGGAAGAGUUGACAGAUCUGGCCCUCCCUUGUAACGUGUCGGGCAUGAAGGAACCACUGGUUCUGGGCAUUUCUGGGAAACCCCAGGGACUGCAGGUGGCCAUUGCCAUCUCUACAGAGGACCCUGACAGCAGUGUUCCCAGCACAGAGCUGCAGCAAGGCCACCCAGAGAAGCUCCUCCUGGACUUCGGCUCGACAGUCCCGCUGAGGACCUGUGUGAACCGUCGGCUCACCCUGACCAAUUGCUCCCCAAUCCAGACCCCUUUCACCCUCAAGUUUGAGUACUUCGGGAGCCUACCAAACAGCCUGAGCCAAAAGCCCAGCCUCCCCAACAUGCCUCCUGUCCUGCUGAAGACGGCGCGGAUGCGGGAGCUUCUGGCCCAGCGAGAGCAGCUGGAGUUUAUGGAAAGCAUGUUGUCUCACGGAAAAGGAGCUUCCUUCUUCCCCCACAUCUCCCAGGGCGUGCUGGGGGCCCGCCAGCAGCUCAGCAUCAACAUCACAGCCUGUGCGAACAUGUGGGGCGAGUACUGGGACAACCUCCUCUGUGUGGUGGGAGACCUGCCUCCAACAGUCAUCCCAGUGCACAUGGCGGUGGUGGGCUGCCCCAUCAGCUCCCUGAGGACCACCUUCUACACUACUGACCAGUUCCAGAAGGAGCCUGUCAUCAGGUUCGGCACCCAGGUGUCUGGAGGAGACACAGUCACCCGGAUCCUGCGCCUGAAUAAUUCCAGCCCUUGUGACAUCCGCCUGGACUGGGAGACCUACGUGCCAGAAGACAGGGAGGACCGGCUGCUGGAGCUGCUGGUGUUUUAUGGGCCUCCCUUCCCGCUGCGGGACGAAGCUGGGAACGACCUCCUGUGCCCUGAGACGCCUGAGAGCAGCAGCUCCUGGUCCCCAAGUCCCUCCGACACCUCCGACUCCAGCCACAAGGCUGCCCAGCCUGCCGAGGGCAGCUCCAGUGGCAGUGUCCCACAGAAGGUCAUCUCAGUCAUCCUGCAGGGGCACGAGGGGGUGCCCUCUGACCACUUGUUCUCCAUCAGCCCCAAGCAGGUGGUGGUCCCUGCUGGGGGCAGCAGCACCAUCCACAUCUCCUUCACCCCUGUGGUCCUCGGGCCCGAGGUCCUGCACAAGGUGGAGUGUACUGGCUACGCCCUGGGCUUCAUGAGCUUGGACGAUGAGGUGGAGAGGGAGCUUCCAGGGAGGCGCCGCCGCCUGCAGGACUUCGCUGUGGGACCCAUGAGGCUGGACCUGCACAGCUACGUGCGGCCCGCACAGCUGAGCGUGGAGGUGGACUACUGCGGCAGCAUGGCUUUCCGGCACCAGGCCAGUGACCUCAUCGCCGAGCAGCCCUGUUCUGGGGUGCUGAGUGAGCUGGUGACCACGCACCACCUGAAGCUGACCAACACCACGGACAUCUCACACUACUUCCGGCUCCUGGUCUCCAAGCCCUUCUCCGUUUCUCAAGAUGGGGCGAGCCGCAGCCGCAGGCCUCCUGGGCCCGGCUGGAAGCAGGAGUGCGAGGAGACGGAGGCAGCGGGCCCCCAGCUGGUGCUCUUCCCGCAGGAGAACAUGCUGGUGAACGUGUCCUUCUCGCUCUCACUGGAGCUGCUCUCCUAUCAGAAGCUCCCAGCUGACCAGAUGCUGCCUGGAGUGGCCAUUCAGCAGAGCGCGAGUGGAGAGAAAGAGAUGGUGUUUACUCAGAAUCUGCUUCUGGAGUAUAGCAACCAGACCACUCAGGAGGUGCCUCUGCGGGCCAUUGUGGCCGUGCCCAAGCUGCAGCUCUCCACCAGCUGGGUGGACUUCGGGACCUGCUUUGUGAACCGAGGGCCCGGGGUCCGGGAGGUCUAUCUGAUGAACCUGACGCGGCGUGCCGGAGCUACGUGGACCGUGCUGACCGGCCAGCAAGAGCCAGACAAGGACCCUGUGGCCUUCAGGGUAUCCCCAAGCAGUGGGCUGCUGGAGGCACGAGCAGUCCACGCCCCGCCCACCUCCAUCACACUCCAGCUGUCCUUCACUGCCAGGAGCUGUGAGCUGUACGAGUCCACGCUCGUGGUGGAAGGUGUGCUUGGUGAGAGUUCCUGCACCCUGCGGCUCCGCGGCCAAGGCUCCUACGAUGAGAGAUACGCGUCCCCCUGCCAGUUCUGAGGCUCCGCCCUCCGCCCGCAAAUAAACAUGGCCCAGGACUAAGGAACAGGUCUGCUGGCCGGGACGCCCCCUAGGCCUCUGAGCAGCUCCUGGGAUGGAGGGACCCCUGCCAGGCCCUGUGUCCUCAGCUGCUACAAGGGUAGGUCGUGCCCCUGUGGAGCCCGCGGCAGUUAAGGAUCAGUAUUCAGGUCAAGCAGAGGCAAGCGCAGCACAGCAAGAACUGGCCCCUUGGGAAAAACCACGGCCGCUGAGACGAGGUGACACAUUUACUACGUCCACUGCUCCCCAUCCCCAGGCGGUACACAAGCGACCUUCCUCUGUCCCAGCAAGAGGGGCCUCAUACCUCCCCAGCUCCUGCAUUGUCAUCAGUGGUCACAUUUUCCAAAUUGGCUGAAGUGCCUUGAUUUGCCCCCACCUCCAGUGCUCAAUUUCCCAGGUGUCACUUCCGCAGUGUGGCCGCCGGAUCACUGGGUAGCACCUGGAGCCGAGGCCUCCCUCAGUUCCCAGGGUACUCAAAGACAGCGGCGGCUCCCAUGCCGGUCCCGAUGCACAUGGACACCACCCCGUAUGCCCUGUGGAAGCAUAACGUGUUGGUUGGGUGAAGGCAUGAAGGGCAGAGGCCCAACCACCAUGCUCUUAGCGGACCAGGCUGAGCUGGGGGGACCCAGGCCUUCGUGGGCACAGAGGCGGCCAGACCCCAGGGCCUGCCUGCCUGGGCACACGCACAGGGUGGCAGAUGCUAGCUGCAGGCCAGGGUCCCCCGCACAGCUGGCUCUCGGGGAAAACAGGCAUCACGCCCUGUCCCCUCAGCUGUGUGUGUGGGUGCAGGCAUGUCCCCCUCCCUCUGACACCCCCACAGGGAGCGGCCUCACCUCUUCCCGCGGCGCUUCAGCUCGUUGAGCAGCGUGAUGACCUGUCGCGCCCCAGUGCAGCCUAGUGGGUGGCCCAAGGCCACGGCCCCUCCCAGAGGGUUCACCUUCUCAAGGGGUAGUUUCAGCUUCUCCACACAGUAGACGGCCUGGAAGACGACGGAACAGUAGCUGUAGCCCCCCUCCCUGGACCCUGUGCCCCCCUGCGCACUGGCUCCAACUGGGCAGCCCAGGCAGUGUGGUGCAGCAAAGGCUCACCUGACUGGCAAAGGCCUCAUUGAUCUCGAAGAUGUCCACAUCAUCCACCGUCAGCCCUGCAGGCAAAGUGGGGGAGACCUAAGCUGUCCCAGUGGCCCCUUUGCAGCCUGUCUCCCCGGGGCCCCAGCCCAUCCAUGGCCUGGGGGCUGUCUGGUGUGUCUGUUCCAGAGGGGUCAGUGGCUCCCUGCUGUCGGGUAAGGAAGGGACGGGGUACAGGGUGCUCGCCUGCUCCACCCUCACUCGGCAGCACUCACAGCCCCCCACCCCCGCCUCUGGCAGCAGCACGCAAGGCAGGAGUUGGAUCCAGAUCCCUAGAUCUGGGUGAUCUAGGGUGUGAAGGAGCCACCUUACCUGCUUUUUGUAAAGCUACAGGGAUGGCAUAGGCAGGUCCAAUGCCCAUGAUGUCAGGCGGGACCCCAACCACUGCAUAGGACCUCAGGACACCCAGGAUGGGAAGGCCCAACUCUUCUGCCUUGGACCUCCGGGCCAACAGGAUAGCAGCUGCCCCGUCACUCACCUGGCUGGAGUUCCCUGGAGGGAAAGCAUAGGGUUAAGGAGGCCCGAGGGCAAAGCUGAGGAGGUCCAGACCCUCCACCUGCACCUUGCCUGGUGGCUCCAGGCUCCCAGGGGAGGACACCCAGCAUGGAAGCAGCCCCUGGCCCCGUCUCACCAGCCGUAGUCGAGCCCCCCGUCUUGAAGGCGGGCUUCAGUUUGGCCAGGCCCUCCAAGGUGGUGCUGGGGCGGAUGCCCUCAUCCUGGGCCACAGUGAUGGUCCUCUCAGUGCCCGUGUCGUCGUGGACUGUGGUGGUCACAGGCACGAUCUCGGCUUGGAA